AUGGGUGGGGCCAGAGUGCAUUCAACCUUUAAACGUACCAGCACCGAGCGACGGGCAUUCCUACAGGAGUUUCUAGAACGAGAAGGAGAUGCGUAUUUCAAGCCUGAUGAGGAAGGCGAAUGCAACAGAAGUGUGCUACGACAAGGUCACCACGAACGUGGUAAGACGGACCGACCGAUCGACUACAAUCGCACAUUUUGGUGGAGCAGAAUCAAAGCGAACCUCAAAACACUGUACGGCGAGACCACUUAG